UCGUACGGCGUGGAAAACCGUCCUACAGCUUCCUUAAUUUAACAGUUAGUUACACAUAGCUAGAAGUGUAUGCUACUGUAUUCUUGCAAUAACGAGAUAUGUCUAGUAGAAUACCGAGUAUUUGAACUUGCCGGUCUGAAAGGACUGCAGUGCCGUUCUCGCACGACUGCGCUGUUUGCUGCUUGAACAUACCGAGACAAGCACCGCAGGCCUCGUCCUAGCUUGCGAUAAGCUAAAGCUAACGGCGACGGCAAGCAUUAUUUAUUCUGUAUAGGGUCAUACUAUCGUCAGUGAAAAUGCAUACCUUAUCCACUUAUUUAUCGUGUAUUAUAUUCACAUUCAUGGAAAAAACUUGGGAGGAUGCAUUGUUAUCAGAGGCUCUCGCCACUUUUGAAGCUGACACUGCCAUGGCCCCUCCACCAGACCCUCCACAGCAGCCACAGACAGACCCCGUUCCACCAUCGCAGGUGUCAUUUGAGGGCUGGCACAAACAGUGGGAGUCCGGCCCUCAAGGUCUCCCCAGUGCUGACGUGAAGUGGCUGAAGGAGGACGCUGACAGGGGGCUCUUUAAGAACCUCACCAUUGCUCGCAGGAAAAUUCUGAAGGAGGAUCGCAUGUGGUUCCAUCCACCAGAAAUUCCUGGAGUGGUGGUGGGGGGAGGAGUGCCCUCUGCAGACGCUUUUUUUAGAAGCCGUGUCUUCUUUUGGAGGCCUGUGGGAGUGUGGGGCUACAGCCUUCGCUGUCCCAGGUCAGGAUGCCCCGGGGGAAAAGCAGCCUUUCUGUACCGCUGUGGGUAUGGAAACACAGUGAGGCAUAUCUGUGACAUGACUGGUUGGUACAGCAUGCUCACAGAGCUCCUGGCCUGCAACGCGUGCAGGAAGGCUGCAAAGGGCUCUCAGGAGCAUUCAAUUGGUCGCUUCCUGGCGUGGGAUGCUGCUAUUUUGAAGCAGCUGACUCCAGCCCACCAAGCCUUGUUCCCUGCGAUCCUAACACCAAGACACGGUGUGGACAAGCAAGUUGUCCGCCUGAUGAGGGAUCGGACUGAGGGCAACACCAUGGUCAAGGUGUGGAGGCAGGUCCAGGAGGGUCACUGUGAGGAGUACCUGCAGAGAAAGGACCUCUACACCACCCUUCUCUGUCAGCUCAGCAGACCUGGAAGCAUCAUGAGUGCUCUGGGCCAUCAUUACCAGAAGCCGCCAACGCGCAGGGAGCUGCCGUCGCCGAGGCUUCUGAGAAAAGCCUACCUUAUCUAUGAGGCAGAGCACAUUGAGUUACUUGACUACCGGACACGAAUCAUGUCCACGUUCGGGAAAGUCCUAGAGUAUGACUCCACCAGGAAGCGUCCGCAGAGCGUCACCAGCACCAGCCUACCUCCCGCUGCAGAGCUCCCGGAUGAGAGGCCGCACACCAGCCGACCUCAAGUGCAAUAUGAGGUCACUCCAUCUCUGGCUGGCACGCGGAAACGCAAAGUGCCGCAGGACAACCUAACGUCUGCACCCCAACCUCAGCAAUCAACCACGGCAGCAGGACUCCAGCCCCAGCCCGUGUUCGUGUUCCUGCCACUCCGUAGACCAGCUCUUCCCCCCCAGCUGCUGCCGCCGCCUGUUUUCCUGCCGCCUCCCGCACUGCCACAAGCCAGAUCUACUCUGUACAAGAGGAAAAAAAAAGAGCUGGGCGCUACACGGCCCCAGAGCAAAGUACAAACGCACACAUGCGCUCUUUGUGGCCAGUCCACUCAAGGACACAUAAAAUACAGGAAGAAAACAUACUGUCAGAAAUCGAAAUUAUCCACAUCCAAAGGCCUCACUGGAAAGCCUUUUGAAAACAUCACAGACUUCCGUAUGGCAGUGGACGAGCUUCUGGCCUCUCAGUCCCAGGCCCCUUAGAGCUGUCAUUGCUGUUUUAGAUUUAGAUUUUAAGCUAAUAUUACAAUUAUUUAUGUUUUUUUACACCUGUGUUUAUAAACCUGUGACAACCUAUUUUAUUAUUGAAAAUGUGAUUUAUUAAAAAAACAAAAA